CUUUUCUUUUAUGUAUAUAUAUAACUCUUUAUCUUCUCGAUAGAUAUACAUAAUAAUGGAUACAGUGAAUGACCAAAACAGCACUUUGAUGCAAGUCACUGAACAUGAAGGUCAAGAUGUGUAUAUAAAAGACCAUAAGGAUGUAAACGAUACCAAGAACGAACAUGCUAGUAGCCUCGAUAAUAACAAUAACAACAACAACAACAGUAGCAGCAAGAAUGUCGACAAUAAUGACAUUCAAGAUGACGACGAUACAAUUACUCAGGUGACUCAAGAGCAUCCUCUUCAACCUACUUUUGCAUACAGUACCGAUACACCAGAUCGUUCGGAACAAAGUCUAUUGGAUGCGCACGGAAGUCCCAACAUCUCACGCUCACCUUCUGUUGUCAAUUCACCUGUGACAAAACCCACUGACCACUAUGAUUUGAAUGCUACUCAUGUCAAGGGCAUCUGCAAUGCUGGCGAUAAAACGGAGACGAUUAUGUUACCAGUUUCUGGCCAAUUACCUGAAUGGUUGACAACUGAACACUAUACUGUGGGUCCUGGUACCUUUGAUAUUCGUUAUACUAGGAAAAUAGAGGUGGAUGGGUAUCUGCAAAGCGCGACUGGAACAUUCACUUUUGGUCAUUUGUUUGAUGGGCUUCCUCUUGUUAAUCGAUUUGAUGUAAAUGGACAACAAAAUACAGUUAGUUAUCGUAGCCGCCUUACUAGUCAUCGCCUGAUUGAAAAAAUCCGUGAUCAUCAUGGUUAUGCUCCUUGUCAUCCUGCGGGCUUAUUCAACACACAUGCUAAUCAAACUGUGUUGAUCAAAUUUAUGAAGGCUGCAUCAAAAGCAAGCAAACCGGAUGGAGAACCUUGUGGUGCUAGAAUAUUGACAAGUAUUCCUGGUGUAGAUGGACGUUUAUUCUGUCAAAAUAUGGCCAAUCAUAUUCAAGAAUUAGAUCCUUUUGAUUUGAAACCAUCUCGUGUACUUACUUGGGACGAAGUGAAUCCAGCAUUUCAAGGUUACAACUCUUGUCCCAAUGGACAUUACGAUGCAAAGACUGGUGAAUAUAUUAAUUUCACUAUGGAAAUUGGCUACCGAACCACUCGAUAUCACUUUUUCUCAACAACUGAACAAAAUACUCGUGGUUCUAUCAUCGCUACUGUGUACAAUACUCCAACAGGUUAUGUGAACAGUUUUGCAGUGACGGAAAAUUACAUUAUUUUGGUAAUCUUCCCCAUGUUGGCCCAUUCAAGUGCUGUCAAAUAUGCUUGGAAUGAAAGUAUUAUGGAUUCCUUCUCUUAUUAUCCUAGCGAACCGACUUUGUUUUAUGUCAUAUCAAGGGAAAAAGGUCAAGUCAUUGCCAAUUAUCAAGCUCCUCCAUGUUUUGGAUUCAAUCAUGCAAAUGCCUUUGAAGAUGAUAAUGGACAAAUAUUUGUGGAUAUCGUGACAUACAAAGACGAUACUAUUGCACAUCAUUUAAUGACUGAUCGACUACGUGAUACGACAUCUGCUUCGCCUUUACCAAUGUCAGAAGUUAGGCGUUAUCUUUUACACAAUCUCAAUGCAGCCCAAUCGACUUUUGUGAAUAAUCAAUCCUAUAUCCCUUCAGUGAAUAGCAUUACUUCAUCCAUGUCAUCUUUAUGGAAUUAUGUUCGUGGUAACAGCAGUACCGGUAACAAUGGAUCCAGUAGUGAUGUUGGCGAUGUUGAAAAACCUUUGAAUGAAAAUGGAUGGUAUCAAUGGAUGCCUAUUGCUACAUUCACCAAACUUGGACAAGAUCUUGAAUUACCUACACUUCAUCCAUCGUACAAAUUGAAGAAAUAUACCUAUCUCUAUGGACUUGGAGUGACUUCAGAAUCGGAUAUCAGCAACGACAUGGAAAACAAUCGUGGUGAUAAUGGUCGACCAAGUUAUUGGAAUAGCAUUGUCAAGUUGGAUGUCAACUCUAGAACUCUUCAAGCAAAAUGGAAUGAUAAUGGGUGUUAUCCAAGUGAAGCCAUUUUCGUUCCCAGGGUUUCAACAGAUCAACAACAAGAUGGAUCAGUUAGCAAAGAAGAUGAUGGUGUAUUAAUUAGUGUUGUUUUGGAUGUGAUUCGACAAACAUCUUUCCUUUUGUUUUUGGACGCGUCUACCCUGAAUGAAAUAGCAAGAUCUGACCUUGGCAUGAUGAUUCCUUUGAGUUUUGGCCGUGGAUCCUUUAAGAGAAGACAAUGAUCGCUCUCGUAGUAGUCAUAUUAUUUUUGUCAUGAUCAUCUAUUUAUUAUCUCUUUUCAUUUUUAUUCAAUAAAGUCAUCCAUUUUUUUACAUUCA